AUGAGCGUACAAGCCGCACCAGCGCGAAUAGUAGAACAGACAGUGAUUGGCGGUGUUCUGGCCAAACUGGCUUUGUUCAGCCUCAUGCUAGCCGUCGGUCCAAUAGGCACAUAUUUCGGUAUGACGUGGUAUAUUACCAAAGAUACGAACAUCGCGGCAAUUGCCGCUAUUGUUGUUGCCAAUCUCGUCCUCGUCGGCUACAUCAUGGUUGCGAUAGCCGAGGACAUGCAAGACCAGCUGCAGACACAGCAAGCCAAAGAGAAGCUGGAGGUGCGCAAAACCCAAUGA